AUGGGGCUCAUCCCCUGGGAGAUCGGGGCUCUCCUCCUGCCCCGACUGGAAGACAGCGUGGUUGAUGGGUGUUGCUGUGACCGCCAGCCACUCUUUGGAGGCCUGGGCAGGGUGAGCAGCGACGAGAUGUGCGAGAUCUGCGAGGUGUGGACGGCGGAGAGCCUGUUCCCCUGCAGGGUGUGCACCCGGGUCUACCACGACGGCUGUCUGCGCCGCAUGGGCUUCCUGCACAACAGCAGCUCCGUGGAGGUGACGGAGACAGCGCACACCGAGACGGGCUGGAGCUGCUACUACUGCAAUUCCCUGCUGCGGCUACUGACAGCCAAGGAGCGGGAGCGGGCGCGAGCCGCCUUCCUGCCCCUCCACCAGGACAGCCAAGGGCUGAUCAGCCAGAGCGAAUGCCGGAAAGCCCAGCACACGUGGUUUCGGAAGCACCAGAAGGAGGCCCCGUCCUGCAACGUCAGCAUCAGCCACGUGGGGCCCAUGUCCGAGAGCAGCCCAGCCAGCAGCGGCAGCAGCAGGAGCCAGGAGAAGACCCUGCUAGGCACAGAGCAGGAGGAAUCCAGCAGGCCUGUCGACUGGCCGACCUUCCUGAAGGAGAACGUCAUCUACAUCCUCGCCGCCCGCCCCAACAGCGCCGCCAUCCACCUGAAGCCGCUGGCGUAG